AUGGUGGUAUACCUCCCCGACAAGGAUUAUGAUUUUCCCAACAUUGAUUUGUUGACACUUAUUUUCGACUCGCCUAUCCCUGAGAGUGCAGAGAGUACAAUUCUCCAUGCAGAAGCGGCGGACCCCUCGAAUGCCGUCACAAAAGCCCAGACACGUCUUCUUACCCGCCAAGUUGCAUAUAUUUUGCGCCACCAUUUUGGCGUUGGAAGUCGGGGCGCAGGGACAGACGUUGCUGUUGGAGUCUCCGGUGGCCAGGUACUACUCCCGUCUGUCUUCUAUGGCGUUGUAGCUGCUGGUGGUGUUUGGAGUGCGGCAUCUUCAACUGCUACACCCCCUGAGCUAGAGAGACAGAUCCGCCAGGGAAGUAGUCAGUUGAUUAUCUCAGGCCCAGAGUCCAAGGACGUGGUGUUGAAGGCCGCCCAGGCUGCGGGUGUCCCGCAGAAUCGUGUGCUUAUCCUCCGAAGUAUGGGUCAUGAGCGCGUGCUUCAGAAUGCUGCCACGGGACAAAACUAUCUCGAUGGCUUGAAGCCGUCAGAGGUCUUGGACUGGGAGCGCAUCACGGAUCCGAAAAAGUUGGAAGACUCUCUCAUCUGCCUGUUGUAUAGUAGCGGAACUACCGGAGCACCGAAAGGUGUCAAUAUUUCGCAUCUCAAUAUGGUUACUGAGGCUUUGAUUCCUAUCUAUUUCGACAACGAGUAUAUUGCACAACGGCGUCAGACAGAUCCCAAGUAUGAGCAUCCGUAUCGCACUCUGGCUCAUCUCCCCACUGCUCAUGUUGCCGGAUGUCAAGGGUAUUUCGUUAAUCCUGCCGCCUGCGGGGGCACAGUUUUCUGGAUGGAGAAGUUCGAUUUCCCCAAGUUCCUUCAAUACAACAAGCAGCUGGAGAUUACGUUCUUUUUCACUGUGCCUCCCAUCUAUUUGUUGAUAAGUCUCAGCCCAGCCGUCACAGACCAGUUCAAGACACUGCGCCGCGCUUAUUCCGGUGCCGCUCCCAUGGGUGCGGACCUGCAAGCAAAGGCGCAGAAGAAACUUGGAUGUCUGAUCAACCAGACCUGGGGGUUGAGCGAGACAACCGGCAGCACCACUGGUAUGCCUUGGGAGACGGAAGACCUGUCCGGCAGCGUCAGCCGUCUCCUCCCGAAUAUGCGCCUGCGGAUUGUCGACGAGGACGGCAAGGAUGUUGAGGAGGGUAAGGAGGGAGAGUUCCUUGUCAAGGGACCCGUAGUGACCAAGGGCUACUAUGGGAACCCACAGGCCACUAAGGAGGCCUUCACUGAAGACGGGUGGUUCAAGUCAGGGGACAUUGGCGUGCGUCGAGAGGGGCUCUUCUACAUAGUUGAUCGGAAAAAGGAACUCAUCAAAUACAAGGGUCUCCAAGUCGCCCCCGCCGAACUCGAAUCCCACCUCAUCUCGCACCCUCACAUAUUUGACGCCGCCGUCAUCGGUGUCCAGGCUCCCGAUGGAUCCGGGAACGAGGUUCCACGUGCGUACAUCGUUGCGGAUAAAACGAAGAUCAACGAGGACCAGGUCAAGGAUUUUGUCAAGAGUCACCUGGCACAUUACAAACAGCUCCGUGGUGGUGUUGUGUACCUGCAGGCCAUACCAAAGAGCCCCAGUGGGAAGAUCUUGCGCCGGGAACUUCGUGAUCUGGCCAAAAAAGAUGCUCAGGCAGCCAAGUUGUAG